AUGGCACCACAAAACAUGCUGGAAGCCUUUUCAUCAUUGAAAUUAUCAUCAUCAUCAUCGUCGUGGUGGUGGCUUUCUACGCAGAAUGGUGGUCUUUUUGCAGACAGACCUCACAUGAGAAGAAGGGACGGAAGGACUUCUCAAAGAUUUUUCGGAACAAUUUUGAUGAUCUCUUGCUGCCUCUUUGUGGUGAUGAUGACAUUAAUAGCUCAUCAAGUGGAGGCUUUAGGUUCUGCACCUCCUUUGGAGCAAAAAUUAUUAGCUGUAUUGGGAAAGAAUUGUACGGAAGAAACGUUGGAAAGAGAUUGUGGUGGUUUGAUGAAACUUGUCUGUGCGAUGGGAAAGUGUUCAUUGUGUAAUGAAACUAUUCAAUGCAGCACGCAAGUGGAUUCUGUUUAUAGUUGCAAAUUUACGGGUUUUUAUAUGAAUCAGACAAAUGGUUCUACAGGUGGUAUCUGUCAACACAAAGAUUUGUUGGAUUACUUUUCAUUGUUUGACCUAUUUUCAGUCUUGUCAAACUUUGUUGGUUCUGUGUUGAGUAGUGCUGGUGGUACAGGUGGUGGAGGAGUUUUCGUUCCAUUGCUUCACGUGGUUGGUCGCUUCAAUGCACAAGAAGCUGUUCCAUUGUCAAAGGUGAUGAUUUUCGGAGCCGCAAUUACAAAUGUUGCUACGUUGCUCGUUAGAAGACAUCCCUAUGCAAAUAGACCAUUGAUCGAUUUCGAUAUUGCGCUCAUGAUGGAGCCUGCUACUUUACUAGGAACAAUUAUUGGAGUGUUUUUGAAUAUUACUUGUCCAGAAUGGGUGAUUGUCAUGUCUGUAAUUAUUGUUCUGACGAUUACUACAGUUUUGUCAUUUUACAAGUUUUUCCAAAGAGCUAGAGUUGAUUUUGCAUUUUUGUUCAAACGAAAGAAAAAGGAAGAAUAUCAACCUUUAACUGCUGAGCAACCAACACAAGAUGCCUAUGGAUCUGUCAAUAAGGAUAUCAAUGAGGAAUUGCCAAGUGAACCCUCAACCGUCACAGACGUUACCCCAUCAACUAAUUUGAUACCAAGCUCUGAGGCCGAUGCUGCUGAAGAAAAAUUAAUUCCAAGUUGGGGUUGGCAAGUGAUCAAGAGAACACCAAUUAUCAAAAUUUUAAUAUUGAUAUUGUGCUGGUUGAUCAUUUUCACUCUCAGUUUGUUGAGAGGAGGCGAAGGUGCUCCAAGUAUCAUUGGGAUUGAAAUGUGCAGUGUUACAUAUUGGGUGCUUGUCGGAUUGAGUUUUCCUAUUGUUGGAGUCAUCAUGAUAAUCAUUGCCAUUUAUUUACUCAUUGACUACCGAAAAAAGGUUAGAAAUGGACACAAGUUUGUGCAAGGAGAUGUUAAAUGGAACUGGAUUAAUGUCACUCUUUAUCCAGGAGCAUGUUUAAUAGCUGGUAUUCUUGCAAGUAUGCUUGGAAUUGGAGGAGGAAUGAUCAAAUCUCCACUAUUGCUCUUGUUGGGAAGUGAUCCAGCAGUUGGAGCUGCCACUGCUGCCUUUAUGAUUUUAUUUACAUCCUCAAUUUCUUCUGCUCAGUUUAUCAUUGUUGGAAGAAUUCCUCUUGAUUAUGGUCUUUUGUAUGGUAUUACUGGUUUCCUUUCAGGCUUUGUUGGCUUCUUCUUCGUGACAUUUGUUGUUGAAAGAUGGGGAAAGAGAUCCUUAAUUAUUUUGUGCGUUGCAAUUGUGUUACUUUCUGCCACACUAUUGAUGGGAGGUGUAGGAAUUUAUGAUUCGGUAGUAGAUCUCAAAACAGGAGUGUAUAUGGGUUUCCAUAACCUGUGUGCUUAA